GCAGCUGAAGUUUGCAUACGUGAUGGACAAGGCAUUUUAUGCCAUGGUAAACAGCAAGUGCAGUGACAGCAGAAAAAAGAUUCGUUACAUUUUGGGAGUCCGGGACAAACCUGAAGAUGCUCCUAAGUAGCAGGAGUUUUGUCUCAAGAAGGACAGACUCCUGUCCCAGUUGUCAUGGAUGACACAAGUGAGCAGGAGAUGGAUUCAGCUGAUGAGUCGAUGUCCAAUGAGAUGCUGGCUACAACAGAUGAAAUAUCGAAAAUAUCGACUGGUACAGGCCGGAGGAUCAGACGCUUCAAGCAUGAGUGGCUGAAAAAGUUCUGGUUCCUGCGCUAUUCACCCACCCUAAAUGAAAUGUGGUGCCAUGUUUGUAGGCAGUACACCGUUCAGUCCUCCAGGACAUCAGCCUUCAUCUUAGGUUCUAAGCAGUUCAAAAUCCACACUAUCAAGCUUCAUGCCCAGAGUAAUCUUCAUAAGAAGUGUUUGCAGCUUUAUAAGCUGAGGAUGCAUCCAGAAAAAACAGAAGAGAUGUGCCGGAACAUGACGCUGUUGUUUAAUGUAGCUUAUCACAUAGCCUUUGAAGGAAGGCAUUUUUCAGAUUUCAGACCAUUGGCUGAACUGCUGAAAAAAUGUGACUUAAAGAUUGUUGACCAAUACUUGAACGAGGGAGACUGUCAGACAUUAAUUCAUCACAUUGCAAUGUCUCUUCGUGAGGACCUCUUUGAGAGGCUCAGGGUGUCCCCAUUUAUGAGUGUGAUUUUGGAUGGGCAAACGGAUGACUUGGUUGCUGAUAAUGUUGCUAUCUACAUUCAGUACAUAACUAAUGAAGGGCCAGCUGCUACAGAGUUAUUGUGCCUACAGGAAUUGAGCUCUGCAACAGUGGAUGGUUAUACUCAGGCACUGGACAGAGCCCUUGGGGGCAUAGGGAUCAAAUGGAAAGAGGAAAAGUUAAUUGUAGGACUGGGGGUAGAUGGAGCCAAUAUGACAACAGGACUAAGGGCAGGUUUAGCCAUGAAGAUCAAAAAAGCUUUGCCUUGGCUACUCUCUGUCCCAUGCGUGAUACAUAGGCCUCACCUGGAAGUAUUGGAUGCUAUAAGUAAUAAGGAACUAACCUGUUUGGAAGAACUAGAGAAUAACUUAAAACAAUUGCUGAGUUUUUAUCGUUAUUCCCCCAAACUUAUGUGUGAACUAAGAGCUACUGCAGCAACACUCUGUGAGGAGACAGAAUUCCUUGGUGACAUUCGAGCUGUCAGGUGGAUCAUUGGAGAACAGAAUGUCUUGAAUGCAUUGAUCAAGGAUUAUUUGGAAGUGAUAGCUCAUCUUAAAGAUGUUAGUGGUCAGGCCCAUAAAGCAGAUGCUGCUGCCAUUGCUUUGGCUCUGCUGCAAUUCCUGAUGGACUAUCAGUCAGUUAAACUUAUCUAUUUUUUGUUAGAUGUCAUUGCUGUACUCACACGGCUGGCAUUCAUUUUCCAGGGUGAUCACCUUCUGAUUACCCAUGCGGAUGACAAGAUUGAAGAAGCCAUUGAAGAAAUAAGUAGAUUGGUGGAAUCGCCAGGAGAGUAUUUACAAGAGUUUGAGGAGACGUUUCAUGAAAACUUUCAUGGUGUUCCUCUGAAAAACUUAAGAGUAGCAGAAGCCAAGUUUAAUUCAAUAAGAGAGAAGAUUUGCCAAAAAACUCAACUCAUUCUAGCUCAAAGGCUGGAUUGCAAUAGCCGCACAAUUAUUAGAGCAUGUCAAGUGUUUGAUGUUGCUACAUGGCCCCAAAAUGAGGAAAACCUGAUGAGUCAUGGGGAAGAAGAAAUUAUGCACAUAUAUAAGCACUUUGAAAUAAUUCCAUCUUUUACCAAGGAAAUUGGACUGGAUGGCAGAGACAUUCGGGGUAGUUUAUUGCAGGAAUGGAGAGAGCUCAAGUCUGAGUGUUACAACAAGAAUGGUUUCAAGGAGUUGAGCCGUCACAUUUUUAAGUAUAAACAAAGAUUCCCAAUACUAAAUAGGAUCAUUCAGUUAUUGCUUGUUCUGCCAACUUCAACAGCAGCUUGUGAGAAGAGUCGUGGUGCCUUUUACCGGAUUCGUAACAAUAACAGGUCUCGACUUAGCCUUGACCAACUCAAUGACCUUCUGACUAUUGCUGUUAAUGGACCACCCAUUGCAAAUUUUGAGGCAAAGAGGGCACUGGACUGUUGGUUUGAGGAGAAGUCAGGAAACAGAUAUUCUUUGUCGCCAGAGAUGUUAAGCAGAGUUACUUCACUGGAUCAGAAACCAACAUUACAUGGCCUAGACGUGGGAACUGAUUGUCUAACGGAUAUUCAUGAAACCAUAAUGUAACUGAUUGGUGCUUUUAAAUAGCUUAUAUAUUACAUUCUCAAUUUAAUGGGAAUAACCCAAAAUACAUUGGUACUUUAUGAAAAUGGCAAUUUGUGACAUGCAGGUACAGAUACCAGACCAGCAAAGUCAAUGGAAUUUUGGUAAUAUUUCACCAGUAAGCCAUUGCUGCACCAACCUAUAGAAUCCAAUUCCUAGAUUUAUUGUCGCCUUUGGAAAAUCAAAUAUUGAAAGUUCAAAUAAUCUGAGUGAAAUGGUCUGCUAAAAUUUUGGUACUGUUUUGUCACCAAAAAUAUUGACUGCAGUUUGCUUUUAGUAAUGCAAACAUUAGAUAAUAAGCAAAGUCAUUCUAAUUUUUCUUUGAAAACUGUGGUUAUUUAUGCUGCCUAAGAUUGAUACAGGGGUCACCUUGUUCAGUCUUUAACUAACCUCUUAUUUACAUAAACAAUAAAUAAGCAUUAACAAUUAGUGACUCAUGGGACAGGGGAGAGGAAGGUAAGGAAACUAGUUAUUUGUGGGGUUAUAAGAGAUAUAAAAUGCAUAGCCGAAGGGAUUCAAAAAUAUAUGUAAUUACAUUAUUUUUUUAGAUGAUGAUUAUUGAUAAUAGAUGGUCACGCUUUUUGUCAAGUGAGCAUGUCUUAAAAAAAACACCAGGAAAUGAACAAAUAUAUCAAGGGGAUAUAUCUUCCUGUCUCAUUUCUUUAUUAUUGUAGGAGGAAGCACACAUUAUCAGGCACUGUAUUAGCUGACCAUGCUCAACUCUGUUCAGUAAACUAAGCUAGACUAUAAAACUAUUGACAGGUGUGCUUAUAUAGGACUGGUGAUAGAAAUUAUUUUCAUGUCUGAGAUAACUGACAGACUCAACCCAGUUGUAACUGGAUGAAAGUCUGUGCUUGAAACUGUCCUGAAAUUAGAUGAAAGUGAGAUUAUUUUGAUAAUUUCAAUUGGAAAGUCAUUUUAAGAAUGGUAAAGUCAUAUAGCAAUAUGAUGUAUUGCGAGAUUAGUAUUUAAACAUUAUCUUUCAUAGCAUUUGUUGAAAGGCAUAACUUACUUAUAAUGCCAGAUGCUGUCACUGGCUGUAAAGCACUUUUAUUACAUACUUUGACAUGUAUAAAUGCCACAAAAAUCACACUGCAUUUUGUUUGACAGUUCUUAGUCAUGCUUUAUGCCUGUGGUUUUUACUCAGAAUACAGUUCUGCACAAAACUUUAUUAUUGUUGUUAAAUCAACAAAUUCACAUGUUUAAGCUAAUUUUUCUUCAGAAAUCUCCAACUGUGAGAAUGAAACUUUAGUUGUACAGCAGGUAUGAAUUUUGACAGUUCGAAAUAGAAAUCUUAGAAGAACAAGAAAAGAGAUACUUUAUUAAUGUAAUAAUUCUGCAUUAAAUUAACUUUACCAGUAGAAGUACGAUUCCUGUCUCCAGGUGCCAUUGGCAAUGGCCAGUACCCUUUACCAAUUAAAUAUGAAAGGCUGCUAUUUCCAGGUGCCCUCAAUGUAAUAUUUACCAAAUGAAAUGAGGCUCAUGUUUUUGCAUGACCACAACAAGCCUUUGCCAAUUUAAAUGCUGAACAGGCAUUGCUGGUACCUUUAACUUAUAUCCACCAACUAAGGUAGGAUGUCCAAUACUUUUUUGGAAUGUCGUGUGAAUCUUGAUAUUACGGUGAGUACUGUUAUUGUACAACCAUAGAUUCAAAGUAUCAUGUCUUAUUUUAAGAAGGCAACUUAAUUCUCUCAGUCUUUGCAACUCAAGUGACAAAGAUGUAUGAAAAACAUGCAGUUGACUGUUCUGUCUACUCACUUUACUGAGUAAUUUGCUGAAUACAUAUGAAUUUAAUCCUUUAUAUAUCAAUUGCAUGGUGCAAAUUUUAGAAUGCAGGAAAACUUUCCCUGAGAAUGGAUACAAAAUGAUAGCGCCUUUAAUAUAUUAGAAUGCGACAGGCAGUUUGAAUAUGGCUUAAACAUCAAAGUGUGGAUGAGUGAUUAAAUUUGUAUUGUAUAGCCUUGCUAAGUACUAAUUUUUGGCAGUCUAUAGUGCAGAUAUCCUAGAUAAGAAUUAAGAAAGUGCAUUUUUUAAAACUGAUUACAUUAUAGUGAAUUCAUAACUCUGACUAUAUACAUAAAGUUUAUUGUGAAAAUGUUAGUACAUUCUUAUAGAGUUGAGCAUGUUAAUAUUGGUUCUAAAUAUUAAGAUUGAAGCUGAUUUUGCUAGCAGAUCCAUUUCUGUAAUAUACCCCACUCAUAAACUAUAUUUUCAAAAUGACUUGUUUAGUUACUUAUAUUAGGUAAUAUGCUUACUUAUGAGCUAAGCUGCUGAUUGUCUUAAAUGUAAUAAGUUACAAGGGAUAGAAAUUUACAAAAGCCAGGAAUCCUCCAGCAAUUAAAAUGUUUUUGGUUUCUAAACAAAAUAUUUGUGCAGUUUGUGGUUUAAUCAGAAUCAGAGUUAUUAGUGGACAUAUUUCUAAUAUCUGCAAAUGUGGAACAAAGAAGAUGUGUUUAGUCAGCAUAAUUAAUCCCCAGUUUUAAUAUGGUUUGUAUAUUUUUAAAUGCAUAUAUAUUUUUGUAACUAAGUGUAAAAUUGUUAUAUUUUAAGUUACUAAAUAUACUUGUUCAAAAUUGCUUGCUGCAGUCUAACAAGUAAUUGAUAGGUUAACAAAUGCUAUGAACUAACUGAUUAAUAAAUUAGUUAAGUAAUUUUUAUGCAGAACUGAUGAACUGAGAGUAUAUAUUACAGUUUAAAAGCAUCAAAAUGGUCACCAUGGCCAUGUUAGGAUUUAAGUGAUACUCUAGGGGCCAGAGAUUGAUUAAUUGGAGAGGAGAACAAUGAUGUAGAUGCAUAGAUACAGCUAAAUUAAGGCUACCAUGAAUGCAAUAAUCUGAUCAGACACAAUUAUAUGGGUGCCUGGAGUUAGCUAUCUUUCCAGAUUUGCCUUUUUAUUGUUCAUAUGAUAUGUGUGAAUCAUUUUGCAUACAAAAAUUGAACUAUGUGGAGAUAGUAGAAAAAAUAUCAAGUACUGAAGGGUCUCUUGGCAAGUUCAAAUCACAUUUCAGUUACCGUUCAUAUAGUUUGUAUCAUUGACCUCUGUUGUCCAAAGCAACAUAAGGAGAGAAUGGCCUUACCAAACAGGACUCUGUAUUAAAAUUUCAUUUGGAUGUUGCCAUUCACCUGGAGACAAAAGCCACAUGAAUGACGUACAUUGUAUUAUGCAAUAUGAUUGGUGAUGGUGUCACUCAAGGUGCUGAAGACAAAUUACUGUAUAUUUACUACUGGGCUACAUAUAUGAUUUCUUUUUAUUGUUUGGUUAAUACUGUAGAUUUUUUAAGCACGAUGUAGCAUAUAUUCAUAUUGUGUUUCCUUCAACAGAACCCAUUUCAUUGUAUUUGCAGGUGAAUUUUUAAUCACAAAUUAUGCACCUUUUUUGCAAACUUAUUUCUUUCUAUUUCUUUGUUGAUUGAUUUUAAUUUUACAUUUCUUCCCCAAUACCAUUAACUUUCUUGUUAACAACCAAACCUCUAGGAUCACUAUCAGCAAGUUGUCAAGGACAACUGCUGACUUUCUUUAAAGAUAUCGUCCAUUUGAUGAAGCUCUUUUUGCUUCAUCCUGAUCUCCUCCUUGAUAAGAAUAUGUAGAGAAGAAUUGUGGAUUCAAAUCCUUCCUCUCAGUUGAUAUUUGGUUUGGUAGACAGGUGCAUUGCAAGUCUGUGUCCUAUGGAUUUAUUUUUGCCAAUACAUCAUAACAGUCAAAAGAAGAAAGUAAUCAUGCGACAUAAAGUAAAUCUGAGUCAUUGUUUGAAGGUUCCUUAGUAACAGUCAAAUUCAGAUUUUCUGUUAAAGCACCUACCAAUUAGCCCCUAUAUUUUAAUAUGAUUUGAAGUAAGUUGUUUGAAAAACAAGAAACUUAUGAAUAGUUCAUGCACCAUUUGGCUUCAUUUGAGAGGUAAAUAUGUUUAGUUUGAUUUUUAAAAUGAUAGAGUAAAAAGGAUUCUGUUUGUAUUUUUGUUUCCAACUGGUCCUUGUUUACCUUUGUCAUCUAUUUCUGAGUAAUCCAUUUGUCAUUUACCUUUGUCAUCUAUUUCCUACAGAGUGUUAGAGGGUUUCCAUAUAAAGGAAGUGCAGCUGGGGCUUCAGCAUUGUGGGUCCUUCAGGUCCAAAAGAUUUUUUUUCUUAAGGUUGUGUCAAUAAUCACGUAUAAUGUUCAUAAAAAGCAAUUUCCAUUUCAUACAGAAAUGAAAUUCAGUAUUGAUCUGGAAUCGAUAUUCAACCAGAUGCCAGAGCAAGAAAGAGAAAGGAGUUUUACACUGUUUGCAUAUGACUGUAAGUUCAGUGAAUUGUAUGCAAAUGUUGGACUUAUUGCCCAGCCGUAGGUUUCAAACCCAGCUAGCCUUAAGAUAAAUGUUUAAUGAGCAGGGAUUCUCCAUUCUGAACAUAUGCAUUUUUAACAUAGAAAUUAAUGUCCAUUCAUUAAUCCAGGCAGAGCCCUUUGCUGGUAGGAGAAUUCUAGGCUUACAUAUUGCUACUUAAUGGCAGCUGCUGGUUUCAGACUGGUAAAUUCACUGUAAGACGCAGCUUGCUCCUUGGUUUUUGUAAACACACUUUUCCUACUGGUUGCAAGCUCAGUUGGUGAUUGUCCCAGACAGUUUCAUUUUACUUGGCUUCGCCUUGAAUUGUUAUCUGUUCAGUUUGGCUCACUUUAAGAUGCCAUUCAUUGACAUCACCACGUUAUGACUUCAGUGUAGAUGCUGGAUCUGUUUAUCUAAAAGCUGUGCUUAUCCAAAGUAGGUUGUGAAUUACCUUUGAAGUACUCUAGUUCUGAAGUAGCAGUUUUUGCUGUGAAUUACGUUUAAGGUAUUCUUGAUUAUAUUUACCAGAGGUCUUGUGACUACUCACAACGAAUUCAGCAAAUUUACUUUGAUGGUGAUGCUGUGUGCAGAAUAAUUGAAUUGUACAGGAGAGAAGAUGGUCAUUUGAUUCAAGAUGGCUCUGCCAGCUUCUUGAAAAAAAAUUAUCAAACUAGUCCCAAACUAGUCUGCUCCCAAAACUUGGCAAAUAUUUCCAUUUCAAAUAUGCAAUCAAUCUGUUUUGAAAAUUACUGUUGCUUCCUUUAUUCUUUCAGAACUUGUGUGUAAACAAAUAUGUACACAGUUUCUUUAUGCCAUUGUCCCUUCAUCUCUCCCAGUGAUCCUUUUACCAGUUAUCUUAAAUUUGUGGUCAUUGACCAACUUGCCAUCACUCUAUAAGAAUUCUUGAUAAUUAUGAACACCUUUAUUACAUUUUCCCUUAACUGUCUGCAUGAAGGAAAACAUAUAACUGGUCUCUUAUCUCUGGUACCAUUCCUGUAAAUCUCCACUGCAUUCUUACCAAGGACUUGACAUAUUUUCUCAUAUUUGCUGCUUGGAAUUAGACACUUUAUCACCCACCAAAGCGCAAUAUAUAAUUUAUAAUGGCUUAAGAUACCUUUCUUUGUUUUUCUAUCCUGUAGAGUAUAGGGCAGUGGCAUUAAUAUGCUAUUUAGCCCAUUAUCAAAGUAACAAGAGUGGGUCAGAAGGCAUUGAUUGUGCAGCAAAAUUAAAGUAGCCUGAGUCUAGUUUCAUGAAGGUGCCUAAUUACAAAAAAAGUACUGAUGAAUCAUUUUCAAAAUUUACAAGCUGGUUUUAUAAUGUUCAAAAGUAGAUUAGCUACUCAAGAGCAGUUCCUCCUAGGCAUCAAGAACUUGCAUUUCUUGGUGAAAUCCUUGGAAGAUCUCAAGUUCAAUUUGCACUCUUCUGUCUUACCUGAUCUCUGAGAGCACGGCAGCAAAGAUCUCACAGUUCCAUUAGUCUGAAGAAUCUAGAGGGAGGAAACAGCCAAGGUUAAUUUCUAAUGAUGAUUUACAAGCCAUGAGUGAGGGAAGAAGGAAAAAAGUAAGAGUACAUCAUCAAAAAUUAGACAGAAAAAUUCUCACCGUUGAUAAAUUUAGAAUAUAAAGAUUAUAAUCAAAUGUAGAUCAAAUUGUCAUUGAUGCCAUCAUGUAAUAUAUUAAGAUUUUAAAAUCAUUUAUAGUAAAAAUAAGCAGUGCUAAUGAUCUGCAGAAAAAAAAGAGGAAAUGCUUAAAAAUUCAAUGAGUUGUUUUUCUCAGUUUGCAAUUUAUUGAACUUGUUGUACUCUUCUCCAGAGGUUGCAGACUGAUUAUAUGUAAUAGGCCCGUUUCCUAAGUAUGCUCUUCCUCCUCCCUCCACUGCACUAAGCCAUAAUACUUCUAGAGGUUAAUUUUACUUUUCAUGUUAUUAUAGGUUCUGUUCAAGGAAGUACAGUGUGUAGUUUUUUUCUGAAUAUUCAGACUAUAUUUCCUGUUUAA